ACAAACCACAAUUUGCAACAACAACAGAAAAUCAACACAAACGCAUCGCCUCUUCCACCUGGCCGCAUGGUUUUGUCGUGGCACGAAUCUCAUUCUGGCAUUAAACGUCCGAAUCUCAACCGGUUUUAGUCAUAGUGGUAUUUUUUUAUCGUGUUCUAAUUACCAACUGUCGCGUGUGCGUAUUUGCUGCCGAGAAGAAGCUCUAAACUUGGCCUUGAACCAGCUGCAUCAUCAACAUCAGUGUCUCGCGCAGCAGAAGGAAAAAUAGCGUUUAGUCCCCUUCCAAGAAUACGAUUCCGUGAAGCCGAGCGUGUAUCAUCAGUGUGUGUCGUUUUUUUUAAUAUUGCGAAAGAAUUUCAAGGGCCAAAAGAAAGGUCGAUUAGGCUGACGCAACAGCAGGGCACCGCAUCAUCCGUUCUCGAUCCAAAGUUCAGACGAUCGUCACGCCAGAACGAAGCGGACGGGCGCAACAGCCAGUCAGCAGUAGUCCGUGCUGAUUGGCGAGUAAUUUUGCGUGAAAUCGCUCCAAGCGACCAUUCCCUGCAGUGUGUGCGUGCCGUGUGCUGAUAAGCGGACGGAAGAACAGACCGGAAGAUUCUACUGUAAAAGCCCAGUUUCAGUGCCUUCUAGGAUGGACAUUCUUUGGGAAUCGCUGGCAGGUUAGUCAGGCAGGCAGAACGAUGCACCAAACAGGGAGGGCCGGCAAAGUAAGCUUGGAAUUUUGCGGAGUUGGGAAUGAAUUUUGCACCAAAGCUCUGUAUCUAGUAGGCGUAGUGUAAUCGAGCGGGGAACGAUUCCUUGUAUGUGCGUUUAGAAGCCUAGCGCAAGUGGUGUAAUUGUUGCGCUAGCGUUAUCUGUUUGUUAUACGCCAAAUAUCAUUUAUAAGGAGGAAAGAACACAGUAGAUUAGAACAGUACAAUUCGUGUUUGCUUUCCUCCUAGUAAUUACAACGUUAAAUUAGUGUUUGUAGCAAUUAAAGCAAUUAAAGCCAUCUAGCGCGGGCGUAAACGUUCAGCACCCCUAGAAACUGUCAUGCACUUCCUGAGUAGAAUGAAACUAUUCUUGCAAACAACCGCAUCGAUCUGGAGCAUGGUCUUCCCGACGGCCCCGACUACGCCCGCCUCCCAAGAGUGGCGCCGAACGUACGAAACAAUCAAAGCUGGCCACGAUGAAGCGUACGCCACGAUCGAGCGUGCGAUCAAGCUCGAGGAGCACGAACGUCCCGAUCUGGCCCUGCAGGCGUACAAGGACGGCAUACGGCGCAUCGACGAAACGCUUGCCCUGCCAGUGGAAGUGCCCGACCUGGAAGUACAGGGCCCGCUGGCAGACGAAACCUGGCAGCAGGCCGUCGCGAUGAUCCACAAGCUGAAGCGGACGCGCGGUGAAGUUCUGCAGCGCGUCGGACAGCUCGGUGGCAAUGGGUCGUCGGAAGCGGCCGGCGGUGCCGAAAAUGGUACCGGCCAGCGGCCCUGGACGUACACGGAGCUAGCGAUGGCACUGCGGGACAUGUCGGAUGCGGCGACGGCGGACGAAUCCGAUACAGACCGGCUGGAAUUGCUGUUUUCGUGUGACGGUGUGCAGGUGUACUACAUCGAGCCGGACGGCGUGGUCAGCCGGACGAUGGCCGACUCGACGCUGCGCAUCGUGCGCAUUGAGGGCGACGAAAGGCGACAGCUGCAGGCGACCGUGUUUCUGCAAGUGAUCGAAACAAGGUCGGCCACACGCAUCGAGAACGCGGAAGAACCGCUGGAGCAGCUCGAACCGGUGGAGGCGAAAGAGGAGGAUGCGGGCAGCAAGGGUACAGCGCCACCGGAGGAACAACGGCCCGAUGGACCGGACCGUCCCGGCUUUCUCAUCUAUCCACUCAUCCCGGGCGUUUCGCCCUGCUACCGGACGGAGUACGGCGCUUUCAUACUGCCCGAUCUGGGCGCGGACAGUGAGCAGGGACGCGCCAUCGGGCUGGUAGUGCCGGCCGAGGCCGAUGAGGUAGUGCUGGAGAUUUUGGUCGCCUUCCUGCACGGCAUUGUCACGCAGCCGUCCAGCAGCACGGGCCCGGCACGCGUUCGCAAGCGGUCCCUCCUGCCCGACUCGACCACCGUGUCGGCCGGCAUCAUCAAGGGUGCCUUCUACCUUUCGCAGGGCUUAGUGCGGGGUGCGGAAAGAACGGGCCAGCUCAUCGCUACCGGCACACCGUACGUUAUUUCGAAGCUGGGCCAAAAGCAGCCGGCUGCCAGCGUGGCGCCAGAUGGCGCACAGGAAGCCGCCGCCACCACCGUACACGUGCCGAAGAACGUGCGCACCGGCAUCGAGAUUGCGAAAACGGUCACCGGUACGGCGGCGGGCGUGACGAGCUACGUGGCGGGCAAGGUCGGUACGGCCACGAUGGCACUCGGCCGCUUCCUGGCACCGCACAUUCAGCGGCACGGCAGUGCCCUGCUCGCGUACGGUACGGGCAUGAGCGAGCAGGCCGCCUCGGAGCGCAUGAACGGUGCGCUCACGAUCUGCGCCGGUGCGGUGGAGGGGUUCGGCACGGUGUACGAAGGGCUGGAGCGGUCCGCUUCCAUCCUGGGGCAGAGCUUGAGCUCCAGCACGGUCCAGAUAGUGGAGCAUCGGUACGGGUCGGAGGCGGGCCGGGUGGUGGGCAGCUCGCUCGAUACGGUCGGCAACGUGAUCAAUGUCACGCACAACAUGAACUACAUCACCCCGAAGGGGUUGGCCAAACGGACGGCCAAGAAUGCGGGCAAAGCGCUCGUGGCCGGGUACAGGCCACCGGUGCCGGAGCUGGACGGUGGCGGUGGUGAGGCUGGUUCGGCGGGUGCAGGUGCUGCCAGUGCGGCGGCGGUGGGCGAAUCGUCACGCAGCCAGCAGCGCAUCGUUCCAGCGGCCGUACUUUACCCCGAUCUGGCAGGAUUAGCGAAGGAGGUGCAGCGGAAGGAAGGGCAUGAUUAAAGGCAAGGCAAGGUGAAACGACCAAGUAAGGGAAGAGAAGGGAAGUAAAUUGAAUAGCUACCCCCACAGAUAGAUUUAUAUGUUGUAAAGUAUGUGGGAAAAUGUUAAAGAAGGGAAAGUUUAAAUGGAUCCAAUGGGAUUGAUUGUGUGUGUGUGUGUGGUAGAGGUCAACAUUGUUAUACGCUUGUUUUAAAAAAUAGGAAUCUCAUAUACAACAAAAGGUAGAUUAAAGAA